AUGGAAGAAACCUCUGGAUAUACAGCCAUUGCCGUUGACAAGGACAGGAACAGCCAACUUGCUGCAAAAUGGGCAGUGGAUCACCUGCUGAAAACCGGCUCCAAAUGCUUCUUCGUUCAUGUUUUAACCAAGAGUUUGCAUCCGCAGGAGUUUGAAGCCACACCUAUGGAAGGUCGGCCGCCGUCUGAAGCUGAGAUGCAACUCUACUUCCUUUCUUGCCGAGGGUACUGCUCUCGAAAAGGGAUUGAAUCACAUGAGAUGGUCCUCCAUGGCAUUGAUGUUCCAAGUACUCUGGUUGACUACAUCAACAACAACGACGUUGGAAAUAUCAUUGUUGGCGCUUCCAGCCGGAAUGUUCUUACAAGGAAACUUAGAAAUCCAGAUGUGCCAACCAGCUUGCUCAAACUUGCACCAGAAUCUUGUGGAGUAUACGUCAUAUCCAAAGGAAGAGUUCAGGCUUCCCGAUUAGCAAGCAGGUCUCAGAAAUCCGACCACAGCAAAAGCACAAACCCACACAAUUCACAGCAUCUGAAAGCGCUUCUGUCCACACGUACAUAUGAUAACUCGGAGAUUGAAGACAUAAGCAGGAGCAGAUCCACAUCCUCCCAUUUCAAUGGCUCGUCCUCACUAACUCGUACUAGCUCACACAGAACUUUUUCAAGCAGUAAAGGCAGAAGUAGUGGAAUAACUUCUGAUAGAGUCAGUGAUUCCUUUCAAGUAAGACCAUGUGAGAAUUUGAAGACAAAUAAACAAGUUACAUCACCUAAAGCUUCAAAGAGAAGUAAAAGACCAGAAUCUCUUCAUAGAAUUUCCAUACCAGAAAGAACAGAUUUUUCAGGGCCACCAAGUUGCGGAUCAACUGAUAUAUCUAGUCACGGUUCAGAAAGUACAGCUUACAAUUCCAGUUCUUUGGCCUCCCUGACUCCUCGAGGCUUGGAGGUUGAGAUGAAGCGACUUCGAAAAGAAUUAAAGAGAUCCAUGGAUAUGUUUAAAUCAGUUUGCGAAGAAGCUGUUGUAGCAAAAGAUAAGGGCCUUUUCUUUUCCCAGCUGAAGAAGCUUCAGGAAUGGAAAGAAGCAGAAGAGCGCAAAUUAGAGGAAGCCAAGCUUUCUGAGGAGGCAGCAGUGGCUUUGGCAGAGGCAGAAAGGGAAAAAACCAAGGCUGCUAUGGACGCAGCACAGACAGCCCAACGUUUAGCAGAUAUGGAGGCACGGAAGAGAAAACUCGCAGAAUUGAAAGCCAAUCAGGAGGAAGAAGAAAAACAGAGAGCACUAGAUAAGCUGGUUAACAAUAAAGCUGCUUAUAGAAAAUACACCCUUGAUGACAUUGAAGCUGCGACAGAUUACUUCGCGAGUGCACAUAAGAUUGGUGAAGGAGGAUAUGGGCCGGUUUUUAGAGCCACCCUUGACCAUACUGCUGUAGCCAUCAAGAUCUUAAGGCCAGAUAUAUCACAAGGACAGAAGCAAUUCCAACAAGAGGUUGAGGUUCUAAGCUGCAUGAGACAUCCACACCUGGUUCUGCUCAUAGGUGCCUGCCCUGAGUAUGGAUGUCUGGUUUAUGAAUACAUGGAAAAUGGAAGCUUAGAAGAUCGGCUCUUUCGUAAAGACAACACUCCCUCAAUACCAUGGAAAAUCAGGUUUAGAAUAGCGGCUGAGAUUGCUACAGGCCUUCUGUUCCUUCAUCAAACAAAGCCAGAGCCACUGGUACAUCGUGACCUCAAGCCUGCAAACAUUCUCUUAGACCGGAAUUAUGUGAGCAAGAUUAGUGAUGUUGGCUUGUCCCGACUGGUUCCAGCAUCUAUUGCAGAUGGUGUUGCUCAAUAUCGCUUAACAGCAGCUCGGGGAACAUUUUGUUACAUUGAUCCAGAGUAUCAGCAAACAGGAAUGCUAGGUGUAAAAUCAGAUCUAUAUUCACUUGGUGUGGUUCUAUUACAGCUGCUAACGUCAAAGCCACCAGUUGGACUGACUGUCCAUAUUCAGGAGGCAAUAGAAAAAGGAACCUUUGCGGAAAUGCUUGAUCCAACAGUACCAGACUGGCCCGUUGAAGAGGCUUUAUCAUUAGCAAAACUCGCUUUACAGUGCUGUGAGCUAAGGAAAAGAGAUAGGCCAGACCUUGAUUCAGUUGUGUUACCAGAGCUGAAUCGCCUUAGGAAUAUCAAACUUCAACAUAUAGCGAACAACAGUGAGAUUCAACACGAAGCCAACAACAGUGAGAAAGUUGCUUCUAACGCACCUCCUCAUAUUUCAGUUCCAGAGAUUAGAUCACAAGAAAAUCAGAUCACUGAAAGAAGCGGAUGGCAAAGGUUAGUAUCGAUAACCAGAGUGUGGAAGUCCAACAUCCUUCCAUCCAACAGGGGCGUUGCUGGAAAGUCAAACAGGAAGCCUGGUGAAGCAAGCUGUUGGUCGUUUGUAACUUGUACCGGACCUCCCCAGCAGUUGAGAAGAGCCAAGUCAUUUUCGUCAUAG